GUUACUGAUAUUUGCAAUUACCAUAGAGGAGAAAACACGCGUUUGAUGUCUCGCUUCAACAUCUGUUAUUUUAGAACGGCAUAAAGACUAUUUGUUUUCAACUAUAAACGACCUCAAGGCGAAGCGUGUCAGAUGUUAAGUUGUGAAAAUCAACAAGUUAGUGUGUGUUAAGAAGUGUCCGUCUUAAUUUACCAUUGGAUUAACCCUUGACGUGCCUCAAUUUAGUUGAUGAGCUGGGGUCGUUCAAAAUCUGGUCUCCACUGUGCUGGAAAUUGAAUACAAAAGUUUUUGUAGUGAUACAGUACCGCCUUUGUGUAUUAUUCUUUUCGGAUAACAGUUAACCAAUGGCGCGAAAAAAAAAUCAUAAUUUAAAAUUUUGAAUGAAUUUUAAAAUAGAUUUCAAAUUUUAUGUGUGUGUUUGUGUUUAAUAAUGAAUUCAUUCAAAACUGUGAUAAAUAAAUCACUGGAAAAUUAUGAAUGACAGAAACGAUCUUUACGCUGAUAACGAUCACAAUAUAGGUGUAACCAUGCCCGAUUCGGACAGCGGGGAGGAAACUGAGACAUACCGGGCUUUUAGUGAUAACGUGGACACGGAUGUUAGCAACAAUAACAAUACCCAGGAUGAAAGUGACGCCCCUUCACCUCCGAUGGCAAGGGGAAGCCGUUUUGUACCUAAUCACCUCCCAGCUAACAAUUUAAAUGCUUUGACCAAUAGAUACAGUGACUCGGAUAGUUGUACGGACGGUGAACUUGCAGGUGACCAAACUACCGAUGAAACGACCAGUACUUCUGAGUCAGAAGAAACUCAAAUUUGGGUCCCAGUUGCCAAUCGUCCAAGUUACAGACAAAAUGCAUCCUCUCCACCACUUCCACUUCCACCGAGUUUAACCAGUUCUAGUGCAAGUGAAGCUUUACAGCAAAUACUCAACGCCCAUAGAAAUACCUUACCGAGGUGCUCACAUCGUGACAGAGGCGAUAUGUCGUCUGCUAAUCCUUCAAAUGUAGCAUCACCAGAAGUAACAGAAAACGAGGGAACACUGGAACGAGGCAGACGACACUCUUGGCACACGCCGCACGUGUUGAAUAAUAGCAGACGAUAUCAUGCGAAGAGUGCAAGUCUCAUUCAGCAUAAUACAAGAACAGGAACAACCGAGGCUUUUCUAAUUGAUGAAACCCAUGGGCAUGGGCCAAACGGUGAUUCGGGUAUUGGACACGAUGACAUUGUACAUUCAGGUGAUAGCUUCGAUAGGGAUUUCCCGCCAUCAGCCUCAAUGUCAAUGAUUCGAAGACGAGGCUAUGGGUCUGAUGACCAGAAUUGCGAUACCACAUUAAUCGAUACAUUGUUUAUUGUUCUAAGUGGAUUGUACGCCAUGGGUGUUGUGGUAUUUGGGCUUGUUGUUCCCAUAGCUGAAAUAUAUGCCCCUUCUCCAAUGAGCUUUCUGUUUGAGGGUUUUUAUAUUUAUUUAUAUGCUGUCAGCAUUUGUUUUUUGAUAUAUGCCUAUACCUACCUCCUUCAAAAUACAACUUUAAUAGUGCGGAAGAAACAACGUCGAUUUGUGCCACCGGAAGUAGCAGCUUCGUCUUCAUUUAAACAGAAGAAAUAUUCUUAUGACAUCUCGAGGACAUAUCAUACCGGAAGUUUCUACCUACGCCUAGGUGCUGUAGGUUUUGGAAUUGGCAGCAUGAUAAAAAGUGGUCUUCAUUUCGGUGAACUUUUCGAUCACGAUAUCCUCGCGUGUAAUGGUGUACUCCACGCAUUAAGGCCCAUACUUCAUGUCAGUUUCACAUUUGUUCAACUGUACUUCGUCUUCCUUAAUUCCAAGAUGUGUAUUCAACGCUACAAGACACUGGCCAGAUUUGGUCUGAUGCAUAUGGUUGCAACCAACAUGUGUGUUUGGUUAGAAACUAUUGUGGUGGAGACAAUACGAGAAGUGGAGAAAACUUCACAAAUGGAGACUUCAGUCACGGUCAUGCCUCUUGUGGAGGGAACAACUUCAGUAGAAAAUUUCACUGGUACUCUGCAGUCAAGUGUAUGUCAGGGACCAUCAUUGAUGAAAGAAGUAGUCCAUUCUUCUGGACCAUAUUUGUACCCCUGUAGUAUUGAAUAUAGCUUAAUUUGUGCUGGUAUUUUAUACGUAAUGUGGAGAAACAUAGGUAAACAUGAAACCAAUCCUAACCUGCCUGGUACGGCAGGGGACCAGAAAAGUAAGACACAGAGGAUUAAUGUGGAUUGUUCUAGUUCAAGUCGUGGAUUAUUCAUGGGCAUCUUCGUUCUUGUUGCUUCCGUCAUAUCAAUGAUUACAUUCUUUGUUUUAGUCAGAUCAACAACGUUUGUUGAAACUGCAAUUAAAAUAGAACACUUGUCUAAAGUGGCAAUUCACGUGAUGACGUCUGUGGCCGUCAUCUUGGCCUUUCACCGCAUGCAGAGUCUCAAAUUUAACUAUGAUCAGAAGUUAGAUCUCGAAGAAACACUUAUUUUAGUGUCUUUGGGCGGAGUUUAUAUGUUCGGAUUUUUCAGUAUUGUUGCAUCAGCCUUUGACGAUCAUGAAUCGAAUGGACUGUUAGUGAUUUUAUCAUGCGUUCUUGGCAUGUUCCAAGCAACUAUACAAACGGUAUUUCUUCUCCACGCAUUGCGGAAGUCAGCAUUGAGGAGGGAACAGGAACGGGUUAAACCUGGGCGGGAAUUCGUAACUUUUCUGCUCAUGUGCAAUAUUGCAUUGUGGGCAAUCAACACUUUUGAAGUACAGCGAACAGAGGCAAACCCAAUACAGCUUCACUUCUAUGGUUCUGUUGGAUGGAACAUUUUCAAUCAUAUUUCUCUACCAUUGCAAAUAUUCUUCCGCUUUCAUUCAACUGUUUGCUUAUCAAACAUUUGGAAGAAAGCAUGGAAAAGGAGAAAUCAUAAAUAAACAUUCAUAUAUGACACAUCGACUGCUGCUUAAAAUUGAAUUAAUAAUUGCAAUGCAUCUGGUAUAAAGGUAAAAGUAAUUGUGAAUUUCCAAUCUUCCUGGACUCUGUGGUGCUCUGAGAUCUUCGAACUGAAUGAUAUAAGAAAGUCUCUUGUUCAUUGUUUUACAAUGCUUUAUGGGACUUUUUUGUAUAAAAUAUGCAAAAAUUUUUUACAGAACAUGAAUAACAGUGCCAGAGAAUAAGUGCAAUUCACGCUAUGUAAUGUCUAAAUACUCAGCAUUUUUAUAAAAAUUGUUCAGGUUCUCGAUUGUAUAUUUAUUGUUGAAUGUAAUGUGUGUGUGAUACAAUAUGGGUGCAUCUGAUUUUUUUUUAUUUAUCAACAUUUUUGAUGAUAUUAUACACUCGAAAGUAUUAAAAGAUAUACUGCAAUUAUUUUUUAUCCCAUCUGAACAAUCAUGACAAUUUUGUCAUUGUAUUUUGUGUUAUACAAAAUAUUUUAAAACGAAAUUUUUAAAUAUGUUAUAUUUUCUAAAUAUAUAUUUUUAAUAGCUUUUCUUGAACCAAAAAUGGUGCUAAAAUUCAUGAAUACUAUUUUAUGCUAGUUGGGAUAAAAUCUCAUCAAUAUUUUUUGGUCAAAGCUAUUAUUGUCAUUGUAACAAAUUAUUAACACAGAGCGUCG